GGAAAGGAGGAGCAGCGUGUUGCGCCUCUUCAUUUGAAUCGGCUGCGUGUGUUUCUGCUGCUGCUGAGCAUCGCUGUGCAGUGGAGCCGACCUGGGAGCCGAGCCGUGUAGUUAGUUAACGAGGAGAGGUCGGUGGCCUGCUGAUCUCUCUCGGCAACCGAUGGCGAGCGCCAAGGAACAGAAGCGGCUCCAAAAGGUACACUAGAUCCACCCAGCUGCAAAUGCGAUGCUUGUACUGUAUGUGUGUGUAUGUCUGUGGUUGUGUGUGGUUGGUCGUGCGUGCAGGAGUUGCAGGACAUCCAGGCGGCGUUCGCCGAGAACCCCGACUGCCCCGUGACGGCCAACAUGAUCGAUGACAACCUCACUCGGUGGAAGGGACACAUCAAGGGACCGGUACGCACACACACAUACAGAGCGACAGUCUGGGUGAUGGUGCGUUUGACAUGUCAGGAGGGUUCGCCGUACGAGGGCGGUAAGUAUGUGAUAGACAUCCAGAUACCCACUGACUACCCCUACAACCCACCAAAGGUAGGCAUUGCCUGCAGGACAGACAGACAAGACAACCCCAUCUGUGCCAUUCAUGUGUGUCGUGUGUGCACCACAGAUGAAGUUUGACACCAAAAUAUGGCACCCCAACAUCAGCAGCCAGACGGGGGCCAUCUGCCUGGACAUCCUCAAGAACGAGUGGAGCCCCGCACUCACCAUCCGAACCGCUCUGCUCUCGCUCCAGGCGCUGCUCUCCUCACCAGAGGCCGGUCGGUCAGCCACUGCAUGGCCAUGCAGCACAUGACGAUGACGACAUUCGGCAUGACGACAUAUUCGGCACAUGGGUGUGUGAUGUGUGUGUUUGGUUGGUUCAGACGAUCCGCAGGAUGCGGAGGUGGCCAACAUGUUCAAGAGGGACAGGAAGCUCUUCGAGCAGACAGCAAAGUGGGUGGGCCCCGCCUGGAACUGACAGAUGCGACACAACCCACAAGCUCACCAGAGGGGUGAGUCGUGUGUCUGGGUGUGCAUAUAUUUCAGGUAUUGGACCGAGACUUUCGCCAAGAAGGAUGAGUCCAAUCACGACGAGAGCGUGAGCACACCACACCACACCACACCACACACCCAGACGGACCACUCCACUCGGAGACGGACGGAUAAUCGGACAGCUCGUGUUGUGUUGUGUUGUGUUGUGUUCUCUCAGGUCAAGAAGUUGGUAGAGAUGGGCUUCACAGAAGACCAGGCGAAAGUAAGGUUCUUACACACACACACGCACAGGCGCGGGCGAUUGCCCAGCGUCCGAAUGAAUAGCUGUCGUCGUUUCUGUGUGGUGUGGUUUAAUGGUUUGUUUGUUUGGUUGUUUGUUCAGACGGCGUUGCAGAAGCACGGCUGGGACGAGACGGAGGCCCUCAACUCACUGCUAGGGGGCGCAUGACACUCGCACACACCCUACCCUUAUGCAGCCAUCCCAUCCACACAUCCUCUCUCUCUCCUCCACUCACCCUCCCACCGAGCAACGGAUGCAGAUGAAACCAUCUGCUGCUCUCUCUCCCUCUCUGCCUGUCUGCCUCUCUGCCUGUCUGCCUGCCUGCCUGCCUCUUCCUCUCCACCCUCGGUAGCUGUGAUACGGUGUGGUACGGUGUGGUGUGACAUGAUAGUCGGUGUGCUGUCGCCGCGCCCACCUGCCCGGUGGGGCGUCCGGACGGGUGGAUGUGGCGGGGGGGCUCCAAC